UCUGUCAGAUUAUUCAACAAUAUGAAAGCCAGAAACAUGUCCAUUUCCUCAGAAUUCCUUCUCCUGGGACUGACAGAUGACCCAGCCCUGCAGCCCCUCAUCUUUAGCCUGUUCCUGUCCAUGUACCUGGUCACCAUCCUGGGGAACCUGCUUAUCAUCCUGGCCGUCAGCUCUGACCCCCACCUCCACACCCCCAUGUACUUCUUCCUCUCCAACCUGUCCUUGGCCGACAUCUGCAUCAGCACAACCACGAUCCCCCAGAUGCUGGUGAACAUCCAGAGAAAGAGCAAGACCAUCAGUUACACAGGCUUCCUCACCCAGGUCUGCUUUGUCCUGAUCUUUGCUGGAUCGGAGAACUUUCUCCUUGCAGCAAUGGCUUAUGACCGUUACGCAGCCAUCUGCCAUCCCCUCAGGUACACGGCCAUCAUGAACCCCCACCUGUGUGUCCUGCUGGUUCUGGUCUCCUUGUCCAUCAGCACGGUGGACGCCCUGCUGCACAGUCUGAUGGUGCUGAGGCUGUCCUUCUGCUCAGACCUGGAGAUCCCCCACUUCUUCUGUGAACUUGAUCAGGUCAUCACCCUGGCCUGUUCUGACACCCUUAUCGAUAACCUCCUGAUAUAUGUCACAGCCGGGAUAUUUGCUGGUGUUCCCCUCUCUGGAAUCAUCUUCUCUUACCUUCACAUUGUGUCCUCUGUCUUGAGAAUGCCAUCACCAGGAGGAGUGUAUAAAGCCUUUUCCACCUGUGGCUCUCACCUGUCUGUUGUCUGCUUAUUCUAUGGGACAAUUUUUGGGGUGUACAUUAGCUCUGCAGUGACUGACUCACAGAGAAAAGCUGCAGUGGCCUCAGUGAUGUACUCUGUGGUCCCUCAGAUGCUGAACCCCUUUAUCUACAGCCUGAGGAACAGGGACAUGAAGGGGGCCUUGAGGAAGCUCCUGGGUGGGGUCACUUCUCUUCUGUGA